CAACUCUCUUUAUGCGCUAACCCUCGGUGGUUCUGAGAAUGCCAAUGUUGUCACAGUUUCAAAUGAACUUUCGCGCGUUUCUCGUACUGGCGUCGAAGGUAUGGACGUGUAUCUGCUACAUGUUCAAGCGGCAGGUCCGGGCGUUUGUACAGCAUCAACCGGUGAAAUAUCAACUGUUUCCGCUGACGCCGGUCUCCCGACAUCGGCUGAGUAUGGUCCAGCGGAAAACGCUGGUGCUCGACCUGGACGAAACGCUCAUUCACUCGCAUCACGACGCAAUGCCGCGCAACAUGGUUAAACCGGGAACGCCCCACGACUUUACGGUCAAGGUGACGAUCGAUCGCCAUCCGGUACGGUUCUUCGUCCACAAGCGACCCCACGUCGACUACUUCCUGGACAUUGUUUCGCAAUGGUAUGAUUUAGUCGUGUUUACCGCCAGCAUGGAAAUUUACGGUGCAGCCGUAGCCGAUAAGCUAGACAAUGGACGUAACAUCCUGCGACGACGCUACUACCGACAACACUGUACGCCCGAUUUUGGCUCGUACACCAAAGACCUGUCAGCGAUAUGCAGCGAUCUUAAUAGAAUAUUCAUCAUCGACAACUCACCGGGUGCAUACCGAUGUUUCCCCAACAACGCAAUACCGAUCAAAUCGUGGUUUUCUGAUCCGAUGGAUAUUUGCCUCCUGUCACUGUUGCCACUGCUGGAUGCGCUCCGGUUUACGAACGAUGUGAGAUCCGUGCUGUCCCGCAACCUACACCUUCACCGUUUGUGGUAG